GGGAGUGGGAAAUCCCAAUGUUUCUUUUUGCUUUGUAAGCACAUCGACCCGUUGCAAAUCCCACCCUUCUAAACGCUCUCUUCUCUUCCUUACUGUUCGUCUGCCUGUCUCUCUGUCUCUCUCUCCUUCUUACUCUCCCUUCUGCUAAGGGUGGUUGAAGCCAUGACGGUGGCGAGUGCUGCCACUGCCCAUUCCAAGAAGCUCAUGAAGCUUGCUCUUUCUCUCUUUCGAAACGGCUUCAACUCCUCCAAAUGCAAAACAGCGGCGAAGAUGGCUGUAGCAAGGAUAAAGCUGCUGAGGAACAAGAGACAGGUGGUGGUGAAGCAGAUGAGACGCGACAUUGCCUUACUCCUUCAGUCCGGUCAAGAUGCCACAGCUCGUAUUCGGGUUGAACAUGUCAUAAGAGAACAGAAUGUUUUGGCUGCAAAUGAAUUCAUUGAGCUCUUCUGUGAGUUAGUUGUAGCCAGGCUUUCCAUCAUUUCUAAGCGAAGGGAAUGCCCUGCUGAUCUGAAAGAAGGAAUUGCUAGUUUGAUUUUUGCUGCCCCAAGGUGUGCUGAAAUUCCAGAACUAGUAGCAAUUAGAGAUAUCUUUGAGAAGAAAUAUGGAAAAGAUUUUGUAUCUGCAGCCACCGAUCUGCGGCCCAAUUGUGGUGUUAAUCGCCUGCUGAUUGACAAGCUCUCUGUAAAAGCUCCUACUGGUGAAGUAAAGUUGAAAGUCAUGAAGGAAAUAGCCAAAGAACACAACAUAGAAUGGGAUACAACUGAAUCAGAGAAGGAGCUGCUCAAACCUCCAGAAGAGCUUAUAGAGGGACCACGGACUUUCGUUAGUGCCACCAGCUUGCCUGUGAAACCUGCAACAAAUCAUUCUCUCGCGCCAAAACAGCCAAUGACUAGAGGAGAAGGCCCUAUGCAUUUUAAAGACACAGUCUCGGCUGCUGAAGCAGCUGAAGAAUCUGCCAAAAGAGCAAUUGCUGCUGCUCAAGCUGCUGCUUAUUUGGCAAACCGAGACAGUAAUUUAUUUAAUGAAGCAUCUGGUCGUGCUAAACGUUUAAAUGAUUCAAGCAUCAUUACUGGAUUGGGAAACCUUUCUGCAAAUUCUGCUGGUGGAUAUCUUCCAACUUAUCCUCCAGUCAAUUCUCAGCACAUGGAUCCUCCGGUCACUAGGAGAACAUAUGAAUCUCGGAGUUUUGAAAGGUCUUACUAUCCGGGUAGUGAGGAAGCAAGACCUAACAAUGCGGAAGGUGGAAAGACCUUUAGGAGACACAGCUACAAUGCCCCUUCUGCACAUUCAGAUAUAAAGUUUGAUGAAUCAGAUUGUGAUGAAGAAAUAGAAACUGAAGGUGCUUCCGGCAGCAUUAAUCGUCCACCUGAAAGAUCUCCACCACCAGUUCCUUCAUCUUAUGAUAAACAGGAUUCUAUUCAUCGUGUUCACCCCAAAUUGCCAGAUUAUGAUGAUCUUGCAGCUCGCUUUGAAGCUCUCAAGUAUCGCAAUUCACUACCUUGAAAUCAGAUGCUUGUAAACCAGCUUUGAGUUUUGUUGGGAUUCAGAUUUUAUGUUUACUUGAUAUCAUAUACGAUGUUAUCCAUUAUAUACCAUCAAUACUUGAUAAUGCAUUUAUUUUGCAUGAAAUGUCCCUGAGACAGAAAUUUAAAAACAGAGGAUGUAAUCAUUAAAGAGCAAUGUAUUCUUUUGGGACUUGGGUA